AUGCCCUAUAAAUGUUGUGCGUAUGGUUGUAAUAAUGUCGAUGGAGUGGACAAAAAUAUUAAGUUAUUUAGAUUUCCCUUGAAUGAAACCACGAAAAAAAAUGGGUUAAUGCCAUCCAGAGAAAAGAUUUUAAAGCAUCCAAAUAUAGUAGACUGUGCAGUGCACAUUUUAACCCCGAUGAUUUUAUUGAAAAUCCAGACAGAUUAG